AUGUCUAUCAGCGAAUUAAAACACGUUGGCUUUGUUGGUCGAAUCCUCGACUCUUCCUCGCCCGACUACGAUGCGUCCCUGACCCGAGCCAACGUCGCCGCCCAGCGCAAGGCCAAGUUCAUCGCUUUCCCUACAACUACAGAGGAUGUACAGGCUGCUAUAAAGUUUGCCAGAAAAUCAAAUCUGGAGAUUGCGAUCAAAUGUGGUGGCCACCAUUUCUCUCCUGCGAGUAGUGUUGAGGGUGGUAUCGUUAUCGAUAUGAAAGCGCUCAACAGUGUUGAAGUUGAUAAAGAAAACAUGAGGGUGACUAUUGGUGGCGGCUGCCUUUGGGGCGACGUCUAUACCGCGUUGAGGGAUCAUGACCUCGAAUGCGUGGGAGGAGGCGUGCAUGUUGUCGGCGUCGGAGGUCAUCUAACAGGAGGUGGCUAUGGGCCUUUGUCGCAAAAGUUUGGCAUGGCGGACGGAAGCGUUGUGAAGGCUAGCGAGUCCGAGAACCCGGAUCUGUUCUGGGCCAUCAGAGGGGGCUCUUCAUCGUUUGGCGUGGUGGUGCAAUUCGUCUUGAGAACCUUCCCUCCCCAGGGACCCUAUUUCUUCCGCUCCUUGAGUUAUCACGGCGAAGCGCUGUCAAGUGUUCUCCCAAAGUUCAAGGAAUUCCUCAAACAAGAUUUUGGAGAAAAGACAAUCAUGGCGUUUCUCAACUACGUCCGAGGGCCUCCACCCGAGCACAAGCCUCUCUUUGUGGUAACCUUCUUUGGCUUUGGAGCUAUCGAGGAUUUCAAGGCCGUAUUCGACGACUUUUUCGAGCCCGCGAAACCUUUUCAUGAUCAUUCCGUUGACUGCCCAACCCUGGUAGAGUUCAGUCAUGUACAAGAUGAAAUCCUCUUGAAAGGCUCCCCCAGGAAGGCGGUGGGUGGCACUCCUUUCACCGGCCUUUGGCCUGGAAUGGCAGAGGAAGCUUGGAAGCGAUACAUCGAAUACACUGAUGCGAAUCCUGAUGCUGUUGACAGCAAGUACUUCUUUGAGUUUCACAACAGCAAGAGGUUCAGGCCUGAAACCACUUGCAUCCCUAUUCAUGAACCGAAGCACUUUGUGUGCUUGGCCAGUGAAGAGCACAACGACAUUUCCGGUGACGAACGUGCACAAUCAUGGGUUCAUGAUAUGAUUGAAGUUGCUCGCUCAUAUCAGAGAAAGUAUGCCAAGGACUUGGGAGUCAACGGCAACGCUUGUUCCUCAAAAGAGAAGAGUGAAGAUGUCUGGGGCCAGAAUUAUCCUCGGCUGCAGAGAAUCAAGGCCAAAUACGACCCAGAUCGUGUCUUUAACCGAUACUUUCCUAUCGAGCCAACUGGAAAGGCGAUGCUGUGA